GCUUUUCUUCUUUCUUCAUAUCUCCAAGAAUCCUUUCACAUGCUUAUGUAUAUAUAUAAGCUCAACCACACCCAAACAACCUUGUAAAGCAAAGCCUUUCAUGCCAAGCACACACACCAUCUGCAUCUUCUCUUCUACCAUUCUUGCUUUCUCCUUGUAGCCUCUUCCUUCUGUUCUUCCAGAGAAGAGAAACAUAUCUGUGCAAGCUUUGCCUUCUUCCAUGGCAGUGGCUAUAGAGGCUCCGUUCCAUGUCCUGGCUGUGGAUGAUAGCCUUCCUGACAGGAAGCUCAUCGAGAGGCUACUCAAGACCUCUUCUUUCCAAGUAACCACUGUUGAUUCGGGGAGCAAGGCUCUGGAGUUCUUGGGGCUCCAUGAUCAUGAGGACAGCCCAAUUUCUACUCAAUCAGAUCAGCAGGAGGUUGGAGUGAACCUGAUCAUCACAGACUACUGCAUGCCUGGCAUGACAGGAUAUGAUCUUCUCAAGAAGAUCAAGGAAUCGUCUUAUUUAAGGGACAUCCCAGUUGUGAUCAUGUCAUCGGAUAACAUUCCUUCAAGGAUCAAUAGAUGCCUGGAGGAAGGAGCUGAUGAAUUUUUCCUCAAACCAGUUCGGCUCUCCGACAUGAGCAAGCUGAAGCCCCACAUACUGAAAAGCAGAUGCAAGGAGCACUACCAGCAGGAACAACACCUGCAAAGCAACAGCGAAAGCAACAACAGCAGUAACCCCACAAGCGAGAACAGCAGCAGCAGCACUAGCACCAACAGCCACAAGAGAAAGGCAGUCGAUGAAGAAAUUUUGCCCCACACAAUAAGACCAAGGCAUAGUUGAUUUAGCAUCUGACUGGUCAUUUGACACUGAUUUUUUUUUCUUGCUUCUGUCUGAUCGGUUUUUGACAUACUGAUUUGUAAAAGGGAUACUAACAUCUAGUUUACAAAAUAGAAUGGAAUCCGUUAACGGAUACUGCUUGAAUUCGAAUGGGUGAUUCUCAGUUCAUCACAUUGUGAUUUUAAGCCA